AUGGGGGCUCUCCCUGCUUGCUGUGUUCUUGCUUCUGUCUUUGUUUCACUGCCCACAGUGCCAGGUGAUGUUCCUAUAGUUGCAGCAAGGGGUGGUUUUUCUGGAUUAUUUCCGGACUCCAGUUCAAGUGCUUAUGCUUUCGCUUAUAUUGCUGGUUCACCUGAUACUGUUUCAUGGUGUGAUGUCCGUUUGACAAAGGAUGGUGUUGGCAUCUGCCUACCAGAAAUCAUUAUGGACAAUUGUACUUACAUCACAUACGCCUUCCCUGAUGGAAAGAGUAGUUAUGUCGUCAAUGGUGUGCCCACAACAGGAUGGUUUUCUGUGGAUUACACCAUGAAAGAUUUAUCACAAGUUUUCUUAAAACAAGAGGUGCUGUCUCGAACUGAUAAGUUUGAUGGUAAUUUUCACAUCCUUUCUGUUGAAGAUGUGGAGACACAAGUUAAGCCACCAUCCUUUUGGUUGAACAUUCAGCAUGAUAUGUUUUAUAAGCAGCAUAAUUUGAGUAUGACGAACUAUCUGAUCUCUCUUUCCAAACGUGUUAUCAUUGAUUAUGUCUCAUCGCCAGAAGUGACUUUCUUGCGUGGUAUAGCUCCGAGAUUCAGAAAAAGCAAGACAGAACUUGUUUUCCGCUUUCUUGGGCAAGACAUAAUUGAGCCUUCCACAAACCAAACAUAUGGUUCACUAUUAAAAAAUCUUACAUUUGUCAAGACCUUUGCAUCAGGAAUUCUUGUUCCUAAGGAAUAUAUUUGGCCAGUGACAUCAGAUCUCUAUCUACAACCUCACACCUCUCUUGUCUCAGAUGCUCAUAAAGCAGAACUGAAAGUUUUUGCUUCAGGAUUUGCCAAUGAUGUUGUUUUAAGCUACAAUUACAGCUAUGAUCCCCUUGCGGAGUUCUUUCAUUUCGUUGACAAUGGGGAUUUCUCUGUUGAUGGUGUGCUGACAGACUUCCCUGUCACUGCUUCGGAAGCAAUAGGUUGCUUUUCUCACGCAAACAAGAACACUUCAGUAAAUGCAAAGCCAGUGGUUGUCUCUCAUAAUGGAGCCAGUGGAGUCUACCCAGGUUGCACUGAUUUGGCUUAUCAGCAAGCUGUUGCCGAUGGUGCUGAUAUUAUAGACUGUCCUGUUCAAGUGACACAAGACGGCGUUCUAAUUUGCAUGAGUUCUAUAAAUCUCAUGGAUGAUACUACAGUCACAAAAUCACCCUUCAAUAUUCGUUCUUCUAGUAUUCCAGAGAUUCAGAAGGGCCUCGGAAUUUAUACUUUUAAUCUAACUUGGGAUGAAAUUCAGAAGAAUUUGAAGCCUGCAAUGUCAGACCCUGAACUAAAGUACGUGCUGAUGCGAAACCCACGAUUCACGAAUGCUGGAAAUUUCAUGACAUUAUCUGAUUUCCUGGCCUUUGGUAAAAGAAACAAGGCUCUUGCUGGUGUCUUGAUAAGCAUUGAGCAUGCGUCUUUUCUGGCGGAAAAAUUAAAUUACAGUAUAACCGAUGCGGUUAUGAGUGCUUUGAAUCAAACCGAUCAGGAAGUUCUAAUUCAGUCAAGUAGUAGUGCUGUUUUGAUGAAGAUGAAGCAAAAGACAAAGUGCAAGCUUGUUUACAAGGUCGAUGAAUCCAUAGGUGACGCAGAUAAUUCCUCUAUAACAGAUAUCAAACACUUUGCUGACAUUGUGGCUGUACAAAAGCAAUCUAUAUAUCCUCAAAGCCUUGCGUUCAUCACCGGGGAAACCGAGCUGGUUAAGAAAUUACAAUCCGCUCGCCUCUCCGUGCAUGUAUAUCUUCUCAGGAAUGAGUUUGUAUCGCAAGCAUGGGACUUUUUCUCAGACCCUGUUGUCGAGAUCAAUAAUUUUGUUAAAGGAGCCGGUGUUGAUGGUAUCAUUACUGAUAAUCCAGGGACGGCGGUCGCAUACAAAAAAAAUACUUGCGCAAAACUCAGUGAUGAAGAUGCUCCUGGUUACAUGAGACCUGUUCAGGUCGGCGGCCUGCUGCAACUCAUCGACCCACAAGCACAGCCUCCGGCUCUCGCGCCAAUGCAAGUCCUGGAUGUCUCUGACGUGAUAGAGCCGCCACUACCGCCGGCUUCACUGAUGCCAUUAAAUUCGACCGUUGUGCAAAAUGCAGUGGCACCAACAACCCAGCCUUCGGCCGGGCAGCGAUGUUCCGCUGUAUCAAGCUUUCUCGUCUCCGUGCUUAUGCUAAUUGGAUAUCUCAUGUUCGUCUGAGAGUUUAGGUUGCCGUAUAUUUGUUUGUAAAUUUGAAUCAUGUGCUUGAAGCUAAAUAUUGCAGCUAUUUUGCUUUGCUGCAGUUCUAUUUAUGUAAUUUUAUUUUGUUCUUCUGUUCAUUCUAUCCAUUCUCCAGAACAUCAAAGCAUCAACCUGUCUCACACUAUUACUUGCAUGCAUGAAUUGUUAUGAGGAAUUUAUUAUGAUAUUUUUGUUU